CCGGCAACUUGGAUCGUAAUGAUGCACGCUCUGAUGAACCUGUGGCUCGCCGUCGGCCUGCUGACGCCGUGUUAUGGUUUCUCCCUAUCCGGCGCAGUCCCUUGUGCACUCCGCAGCCUUGCCUCGACGCGCCGGCCCGUCAAACUCGCAGCCUCGCAGCCAGACUACCGCCGCUUUGAACUGUGUCGCCUCGGCGAGAGCGGAGAGAUUGAGGAGUGCCAAGUCGUGGACGAGGCCGGCCUGCUGGAGGUGCUCGGCCCGGUGGCGGCGGAGAGAGUGCUGCUCGACCCCGCCUCGGCGGAGCUCUUCUUCACCGCGCCGGCCAACGUGAGCGGCGCGCUGCCCGGCUCCCCAGCCGACGGGGCCGGCAGGUUCUUCACUCUCGCGGACUGGCAGGUCCGCCAGUGCGUCGACGAAGAGGUCUGCGACUUGCACGAGUCGGUGCUCGCGCGGGCCCUCGGGCCGCAGGCGCACGAGCAGGCCGCCGCGAGGGCCGCAGCCGCCGCUGCAACAGCUUCGGACGCCGCCUCCUCCUCCUCCGAGCCCGAGUCCGCAGCAGACGGGGACGGGGGCCGUUCUCCUGGGCGGUACCACGUGCACUUUGGCGCGGGGCGGCUGGGGAUGGGGCUGGUGGUGCCCGCGAUCUCUGCGUCCGGCAUCCCAUUCGCUGUCGUGCAGCGGCCGAAGCGAAAGUGGCAGGAGCCGCGCCCCGCCGCGCGUCCACUGACUAGCCCCAGUCCACACGAAUGAGCGCCUAACCACUCAUGAACAGGAGCUCUUCCACCGCGCGUCCACUCACGAACUCGCACCGAUUCAUUAACUAAUGACUCAACUCAUAGGAGCU